CGGCGAUCGGCGCCAAACCUUACAUCAUUUGGCCAAGAGGGAAAAAGUACAGAAGGCCAAGGCCGCAUCGACCAUGAACGGCAGCCCGCUCACGAAUCAACGCAUUCUAGUCAGGCACGAGGAGGCACUUCACUCCAAUGUAUGACCGGUACCUGCAUGCUUCGAAGGACUAACGUUGGUCGCACGCUGUCUAUGUCUGGCGCGUACAAGAAGGUAGGUCCACUCCUCUCAUCUUCCUUCUUCGUACCAUCUACAGUUCCAUUCCGUCGGUUGUACCAUUCAAGAUGAAAAGCUAUACUGUUGCGGCCAUCGCGGCCAUCACGGCCACCGCUGCCGCCUCUCUAUACAACGAAACUACCACCAACCACACCUGCGUCCUCCAGCCCAACGUCCUCUCUUGCUCAGCUCAAGCCAACCCGCGAUCUGUCGAUUCGUGCUGCGCGGAAACUUUUGGUGGUCUCUUCUUGUCCACUCAAUACUGGGACACUUACACCGGCCUUGAGAGCCAAGGUCAGGUCCUUCCCCUCAAUACUUGGACCCUACACGGUCUGUGGCCCGAUUUCUGCAAUGGCAGCUACACCCAGUAUUGCGACUUGACGCGCCAAUUCGACCCAAGCCCCAGUCCCAACACGACCAACGGCCUGCCCAAUGGCACCGUCGUGCCCCGCUACACCGGCCCGAACAUUGGCACCUUCCUCACUCCAUUCCAAAGAAACGACCUCCUUGCAUACAUGAACACCUUCUGGAUCAACCAAGGUGGACCAAACUACGAUUUCUGGGGCCACGAAUUCAGCAAGCACGCUACCUGCUUUAGCACGUUCGAUGUGCCAUGCUAUGGCCCACAGUACGUGCAGCACCAGGAGGUUGUCGACUUCUUCGAGACCGCCAUCCUGUACUACAGGCGCCUGCCCACCUACGGCUGGCUCAGCGCCGCCGGCAUCCGCCCGUCAAACACGACCACUUACUCCCUGUCGGCCAUUGAGUCGGCUCUGAGGACUGGCUACGGUGCGACUCCGUACGUCGGCUGCUCCGGCCCACGCUACAACACCACGGCUGCCGGCCGCAACUCCACCGACAAUGGCUACACGCAGAUCAGCGAGGUGUGGUACUACUUCCACGCCUUCAACCGCCCACAAAGUGGCCAGUGGCUCCCGGUCAACCAGACCGGUAGCAGCUCUUGCGCACGCACGCCUGGUGCUCUCCAGUACCUGCAGAGGACACCUACCUCCGUGGGCACCGCUGUUGGCCCGUAGAGGAGUGUAGUGGAUCAUGGAUUGAUGAUGAACCAUGUAGAUAUGACCAAUCAAAAAUUUAUCUAGAAUGUGUAAUAUGAAAGCAUGAAAACAAUAUCUACUCAACUCAAUUGUGUCCAACGUAUGUACAUACAUGAUCGUCUGCCGGUCAGUAAAGUGUUGUUGACUGGGAGUGCAAAGGCGCGAGAGAGUUCACCGGAGUUACUUCCGCGCCCUCACAGCUUUAACAAGCUUACUUGUAG